AUAAAAAAAUUUUUUAUUACCCUGAUAAUCAUGUCUUCGUCGUCGUCGUCGUCUUCGACAACAAAUCUAAGCCAUUAUUUGCAUUCAAGUCAAUCGCAUUCAGUACUAAGGGAUUGGCAAUCGCGGGGAACGACUGCAUUCACGGCCACCGAUUUUUGUCUACCGUUGUUCAUUGUCAACGAUGACAACGAUAGUCAGCCAAUCGGGUCGCUGCCCGAAGUUAGCCGAAUGGGUGCCAACGUAUGCAUCGAAUAUCUACGGCCACUGGUCAGCCGAUAUCAGCUCAAAUCGGUACUACUGUUUCCAGUGAUGGAGUCGUCGUCGGACGACAAACAGAUUGAACAGGCAUUUGAUGAGAAACUGAAUCCAGUUUUAAGACUAAUACCACGUCUUAGGCAAGAGUUUCCCGAUUUGCUGAUCAUUUGCGAUGUCUGUCUCUGCACUUUUUCGCCUGAAGGUCACUGCUGUGUAUUUACGGGCAAUGAUAACCAGAUGGACAAUACCAGAUCCAUUGAAAAGAUAGCUCUGAUAGCUGUCCGAUACGCUGAGGUGGGCGCCCAUGUGGUUGCACCCAGCGAUAUGAUGGACGCCCGGGUUGGCCGGAUUAGGACGGCUCUGAACGCCAAUGGCUACGCAACUGUUUCACUGUUGUCCUAUUCGGCCAAAUUUCAGUCGUGUUUUUACGGACCGUUCAGAGACGCCGCCGGUUCGGCACCGAAAUUUGGUGACCGACGAGCCUAUCAGUUACCAAUCGGAUCUAAAGGACUGGCACUGAGAGCCGUCCAGCGGGACAUUGAAGAAGGUUGCGAUAUGGUUAUGGUUAAGCCGGGUCUACCGUAUUUGGAUAUUAUUUCGGAGAUUAGCCGACGGUUUCCCGAUUUUCCGAUUGCUGUCUACAAUGUUUCCGGCGAAUACUCGAUGAUGAUGACAGCGGCCAAUCAGCACGGAGUAUUUGAUUUGAAGACAAGUGUCUGGGAAGUGAUGACCAGUUUCAAGAGGGCCGGCGCUAAUGUUAUCAUUACUUAUUUUACACCAAUGAUACUCAAAUGGCUUAGUAGUGAUGAUGAUGACUGAAUGAAUGAAUGAUUGGUAGAUAAUUAAGAAAUUAAUUAAUUAAUUGAAUUAAUUAAUGAAAAAAAUAUAAUAAAUAGUUUUUUAUU